UAAAUAAACUACAAUCAGUUUGCCGGAGAGCAGCUGAGCGAGAAGAGCGGGAAGAGAGUGUGUUAUCACGAUGCGGGAGGGAAAUGUGGUAAAGUACGAGUGCCAGAGCCGCACCAAGAAAUUGGAACAGCAAACGCAAAAGCGGGCAUAAUCGCAAAGCUGCCGAAGCUGCCAGUUGACAUUGUGCUAACUCGUGGGCCGCCUCGAUUACGGAGCAGCCGCAAUAUUUGUAAACAGUUGUCACAAUCCCAAUCCGAUCGGAGCGAUACGAUCGCCAGGCAUUCGACACGAUGCAGUUUGUGGCCACUGAACACCAACAUCGACGUUUUAAUCCUUUGAAUGGGCAGUGGGUUCUGGUAUGUCCACACCGCACCCAACGCCCUUGGUCGGGCCAGCAGGAGAAGCCGCAGAAGAACGAGGUGCCCGAAUUCGAUCCCAGCAAUCCCCUCUGCCCCGGAGUGACACGCCCCAAUGGAAUUGAAACACCCGCCUAUGAAAGCACCUAUGUAUUUGACAACGACUUCCCGGCCUUGGUGGAGGCAGUGCCCAUCCCGCCCAACGGCGACGACCCCUUGUUCCAGAUAGCUCCGGCACGGGGCAACUGCCGGGUGAUGUGCUUUCAUCCCAAAUCGAAUCUCACCUUGCCGACCAUGAGUGCAGCGGAAAUCGAGGUUGUUAUCGACGAAUGGAUCAGGCAGUUUAACGAGCUUAGUGCCACAUAUGCCUGGGUGCAGAUCUUCGAGAACAAGGGAGCUUCCAUGGGUUGCUCCAACCCGCAUCCCCACUGCCAAAUCUGGUCCUGCUCGUUCCUGCCCACCGAACCGCAGCUCAAGCAGGAGCGCCUGCGCGCCUACUACACCACCAAUGAACGACCGCUCCUGGCCGACUACGUGGAGCGGGAACUGCAACGGCAGGAGCGGAUCGUGAUCGAGAACCCCGACUGGCUGGUGGUGGUGCCCUUCUGGGCAACCUGGCCCUUCGAGACGAUGCUCAUCUCGCGAAACAACAACAAGCGCAUCAACGACCUAACCCUGGAGCAACGCCAAAAUCUUGCCCGGACCAUUAAGGAGCUGACCACCAAGUACGACAACCUGUUCCAGUGCUCCUUCCCCUACUCGAUGGGCUGGCAUGGGGCGCCCACUGGUCCCGAACACGCCCACGCCUCCAGUGCCCACUGGACCCUGCAUGCCGUCUACUAUCCCCCACUGCUCCGCUCAGCCACGGUGCGCAAAUUCAUGGUCGGAUUCGAGCUCCUGGCCAUGGCGCAACGGGAUCUGACGCCCGAGCAGGCGGCUCAGAGGUUGCGAGAGGUGGACGGAACAAGGCACUAUUUGGAGAAGUAGACCCUAGCAUUUAACUUUCCAUUUGUCGGACUAAUCUAAAUCCUAUUCGGCUAAAAAGAUUUUAAUAAUUAUUAGAAAAAUGUAAAGCGACAAACAAAUAUUCUAGAAUAAAGUGUUGAGUGCUUGAGGGAAUGAUCAUCAUGAUUGGCAAUGACCACUGGAGGUCAAUCGGCAAUGCAAUCAUUGAUUUAUCAGAUAAUGGCGCUUUGCGGGUUACCUAAUGAUCACUUACAGUGGAAGCCACAGAGAGAGAUGACUUAAGCUUAAGCCUCCCGAAUUACAAAA